UGUGUUUUGAAAUCAGAAGGUUUAUUGUUUUAAAUGUUAUUUCAGUUAUACUUGGACAGAUCUUCUGUGAAAAAAUUAAGUUAUAUCAAACAGAUGGACGGGUAAACUCUAUUUCAAAAUCUCAAGAAGUGCGUUCGUUGAUUGAGUGUUCGGUUCUUUUUGAAAAUGAUAUGGAUAGCUUAUCUUUUAAUUACAAUAAAGAAACCCGGGUUUGCGAGCUGAGUAACAACUAUGUCGAGGGGUCCACGACAUUCCUUACGGGAUGGAACGUGUACUCUCCAAUUGUGAAUGGUGGUUGGAAUACAUGGCUAAGCUGGAGCGCAUGCUCUGUGACAUGCAAAACUGGAACAAGGACAAGGUCAAGGACAUGUUCUAACCCAUCGCCUAGCAACGGAGGACUAACAUGCCAGGGUCUUGCCACUGAAAACGAAGUUUGCAACGAAAGAAAUUGCUAUCUGGCAAGUGACUUUUAUUUCGGAUCAGACAUGGUUACGCAGCCGGAAGCAGUGGUAAUUAUUUAA